GCCGGCACGGGAGCGCUGGUGCCCGCCGCUGCUCUAGGCCGAAACGGGAGCGCCACCGCCGGCCCAAGCUGCCUGGCCCCAAGCUUUCCAGUCGCCUCCACGUGCAGGAGCCGAGGACCUUCCCCAACGCCGUGUUCCUCCCCUGCACGACCAUGCUCGCCGGUCACCGCGCCGUCAGUCUUCCCCGUCGAGGCUGCCCACUGCCGCGCCGGUCACCUGCAACAGCUUUGAGGAUGACUGCGGCCGGAGUGGGGACUCUGCGCUGUGAGGAUGAGGUUGUUGGCUCGGCGAGAACUGGUGCGCGCGUGGUUCGGCGUCAGGUCUUCCGGCAUCCGCGUGCGCGAUGCGGGGUUGACGCACGCAUGCUCGUCGCGGCCGCGUGGUUCGGCGUCAACUCCGACGCCGGCGUGCUCCGUGGCGUUAGUCAACAGCCGGCGCUUCCGAGACGGCCCACCCGUUCCGGCAUGGAGCAGCAGCAGGUGCCAGCGCUCCCGUUCCGGCCAGGAGCCACUCCGGCCGCCGGCGCUCUGUUCCGACGCAGGGCAGUGGCGCUCUGUUCAUGCCCAUACCCGAGAGAGAACAUGGGAGAGAGGGCCCAGGCCCAAUUCGAUCCAAUUUAGAAGGUCAGGGGCAAAACAGGUAGUUUACGUGUUCUGUCAAACGAAAAUAAGAAAGAAAUUCGUGAAAUCGAGAAAAAGAGGAGAAAUCCUUUUUUUUGAAACAAUUCACAAUAGAAAUAUUUUUUUUAAACAAUUCACAAGUUCAGCGUUAUAUUUCGAAAGACUUAUAUAUUUAAUGUCAAAAAAGGUGAGGCGUCCGUAUUUCAUAUUAAAUAUUAAAAUUCCUCUGGCUUUUGGUUUUGGGAGAGAAGCCCACGGCCCAGCCCACGAACUGCUACAGGCAAAGCCCAUUGCGGCCUAUCCUCCUCCUCUGUUUCUUCGAGGCCAAACCGAGGACGGCGAUGACCGCCGCGGCGGCGAUGGCAUCUCGCCCGCCCGGGCCCGACGAAGAGGCGGAGGAGGACCCGUGCCGCAUCUGCCACCUCCCGGCCGAGGCGGACCGCUCCCUGCGCCACCCCUGCGACUGCCGUGGAAGUAUCAGGUUCGUCCACGAUGAUUACCUGCUCCGAUGGCUCGCCACGCCGCGCGGAAGCUUGGCGUCCAGAUGCGAGGUGUGCAAGCGAGCCAUCUCCAUCGCUUCUGUCUACGCCGCAAACGCUCCCGCCAGGCUGCCUCUCCCCGAGUUCAUGCUCGGCCUCGCCAACAAGCUCAUGGCCUGGAUUCUCCUGCUCCUCUCCCUCCUCUUCGCCGUCUGCGUCUGGGAGUUCCUCAUGCCGCUCACCAUCCUCUGGUUCUGGCGCCUCGCCCUCUCCAGGACCUUGGCUCAAGUUCGCCGCCUCCUCUCCCUCCGCGCCACUGCCUUCUCCAGGCCCUACGCCCUGAGGUUCAUGCCCUCGCCGGACACCGUCCUUGCCUGCGUCUUCGUCAGAAGAGCCUUCCUCAGAGAGCUCCCCAUCCAUAGGUAGCUGCCCCUGCUAGGAUCGCUGCCGAUGCCCUUUGCUCCCGUUGCACAAUGAGUGGCGCGGGUCGAAGCUCACCUGCAGAACCGCUUUUGGAGGGUCAUUGGGUUGGCCCAAAAAAUUGACAAAAUGAACUAGAAUGUCAUUAUACCUAAAUAAUUUAGGAGGAAAAAUGAAAUAGAGUGACAUGUCAUCGUAAUUAAUUAGCUAACCCAAAAAAUACCAUUGGGCACCCAAUUGCAGCUGCUUGUGCUGCACACCGUCGAAGCAUCCUAAUGGUCUCUCUCUCUCUCUCUCUCUCUCUCUCUCUCUCUCUCUCUCUCUCUCUCUCUCUCUCUCUCUCUCUCUCGCGCGCGCGCUCCCUCCCUCCCUUCUUCUCUCUUAUUUCUUUUGCAGAUAAUAAUAAUUUAAUCUAAUUUAGUUCCUAACAAUCUCCCUCUUUCUCUACAUAUCCAUGUGGUGAUAGUCGAUGUGGCAUUUGCUCUUCUGCUUGGAUUUCUCCCCUUCUCACUGGGAAGAAUAGUAUUAUGAUGUUUCAGUUUUGCCACUGUGCAGUGGAUGUAGCCCUCUCCUACACUUCAACAGCUUCAGUACUUUUAGUUGGAUAUUGGUUUAUCCUUAUCGUGGCGCUUCUCUUUACUGGCUUUCAUGCUUUCCAGCAAUACUCAAGGGGCUAGCGCCUUAUCAUCACAAUCUAUUUUGAUGUAUUGACCAACUGGAUCUGCUGGCUGUUUAGAACUUUAGCCCUCUUAGAAUGCUGCCUAGCAUACAUGGGGUGCUCGAUAGGACAUGCAGUUUUUUGCAGCACUUCUUCUGGGGGAUCAUAAGUGUAGCCAAUGUCUCUCCUAACCUUGCAGCGAUACUUGUGAUAUGCCCAUUGAUCUUUGGCUGGUUGCUUGAUAUCUGCACUUCAGAAUUGUUUGGUGUGAAAAUACCUCAGAAGCUCCAACUUCUAUUUGCUUCAUCAUUUGCUUCUAAUGCCCUUCACUGGCUUAUUGGAUGCAUCUGUUUGAAGCUUCACUACUCACUUUCCAGUCUUCUUCACCCGCUGUGUCAUACUAUAGUUUUGGUUCAGCAUGUCAGUAUGUAUGUUCUUUUUUUGUUGUUUCAGAAUUUAACCAUUGGUAUGCAUGCGUUUUGCUUGUCAAUAGUUAUUGAGGUUAGGAGUUAGUGCCCCUUUUGUCGACACUACUGGAGGCCAAAUCAAGAUAGGGGAACCAUUCUGCAACUUUUAUUUCAUGAUUCUGCAGGGUCUUUUUCUCAGUGUUAUCUAUGUUGCAAUAGUCAUUCUUGUCCCUGUUGAAAUUGCUUUUCAUUUGGCACCUACUGUGUUCCCGUUAGAUAUCACUUAAGUUCUCUAUGCUACAUUUUCAUUGGUAUUUGCCAGUCUUUGGCAUCGAACUACUAUCAGUAUCAGGUGUUCUUCUUCAGAAGUUUCUAGUUUGCGAUGCACUGAAAUACCUUGAGCCUGGUGUGCUUGUGCAGAAGGCACUGCGGUAUUGGUUUGCCACUACUGAACGGGCUCUUGGUUUGACCGGUUUAUUGAUUGCCUAGCCUGAUGGCUCUGGCGAAUCCGAGCUUGGGAAUAGUGUCACACCAAAAGAUCAGCACGACAGGCCUGCUGAGGCUAAGGACAAAAGAUGUUUUUGCGUUUGCUGUCAGACUUUGCAUCUUGUCAACUAUUAUUGCUGCCUCUAGAGAUGCCUUUGCUCACGUGAAGUCUGGGAGGACACGCCUCUGACUUCUAUUAUCAGCAAUUGGGGUACACCUGUUUUGAAGAGUUCUCCACUUCUGUUCGUAUGGAUGAAUUAUCACCAUUCCCUUUCUGAUCGGAUUGCUGGUUGAUUGUCUACUGAUAUCACUCGUCGUGGACAAUCAAGUUCCAGUUCUCGAUUUCUUCUGUACUUGGUUCCUGGGGUUGCAAUUGCUGAAAUUCUGGACUAAGUUGGUUCACUUGACAAGGGUUGCACCUUUCCUGGCCUAUGUCAUCGAUCAAAGGUGGGAUCAGAAGCUAACUCAGGCAAGUGAGGAUGGGUUUUCAGGGCUCAGGGCAAUGUGGGUGUUUAUUGAUGCCGAUCAUCGCGAAGCUCCUAUCUGCUCUCUGUGUUCCUUAUGUGCUUGCAAAAGGUGUCGCCCCAGUAUUUGGCUACUCUGCUACCGUGAACUGUGCAGUGAUUCGUUUUGCAUGGCGAGAGCCUCGCCAUGUGUGUGCGCUGUUAUAUAGCCAAAUUACUCUGUAGGCUUGUCGUCAGACUCCACGAUUCUAUUAGGGAUGAGCUCUGCAGGCUCGUCGUCAGACUCCACCAUUCAAUCAGGGAUGAGCGCUAUCUCGUUGGACAGAGGUUGCAGAAUUAUACCACUAUGUUCGGCUGAUUUGUCAGCCAACUAGCCCGAAGUGCCUUUCUCUCACACCAAAUCAGCACCAAUCACUAGCUAGUUAGUAGUAUUUUUUUCUAACAAUAAUUCAGCAUCAGCCACUCGCUACUCCAAACAGAGUGAUAACUCAAGAUUCACCUACUCUUUAGUGUUAUUAAACAAGGUUAGGAUCAGAUAAACAGAUCUUUUUUCGUGGAAUAUAUACAAGCUACUAUUCUCGUGCUGCGUGUAUAGGCUACGUUGCAGAGUGAUAUACAGGCAACAACUAUUAUAUAGUGCGAAAAGAAAGACGCGAUACCUAGUACUGGUUGGUGUAUUUACUGCCCUGGAAGAUACAGCACCUCCAGAUUUGUAAAUAUCGUUUACUCAGAAAAA